UUGAACUUUGACCUAAAUCGAAGAAAAUGACAACAUUGAAAAUUUUGUACGUCGUCCCUUGGGCUAUAACGUAGGUUAGAAUCUUGUGAAUUUGUCAAGGAAGAAAACUUAAUCAACGGAAGCCCAGACAGUGUCUGUAUGCCCAUUGUCAUCUUGAUCCAUCGAAAAUCCAUCUGCAUUUGAGUUCGAAGUUUCCAAGAGCUAAGAGCAAGCAUACUGCUAACUUGAGCUACUUUCUCAGCAUGGAGGCGAGAGAUACGUCACUCAACGAGGUUGCCAAUGCGCUGAUUAAAUUUAAAACAUCAUCUAUUGUCGAUGAUUACACCAUCAACUGGAAGCAAAAGCUAGGCACUGGCGUCAAUGGGCCAGUCUGGCCAUGCAAGAAGAACGGAACCAAUGAGCGAUACGCCCUGAAGGUUCUCGCUGACAAACCAAGCUCCAGAACGGAAAUCACCCUGCACAGUCACUGCAGUGGCCACCAAGCGAUUGUGACACUGUAUGAUGUCUAUGCAAAUGAGGUGCAAUUCCCUGGGGAGGCUCAUCCACGUGCCAGGCUCCUGAUGGUCAUGGAGUUGAUGGAUGGUGGGGAGCUCUUUGACCGCAUCAGUCAGCAGAAGGGGUUCACCGAGGCACAGGCCGUCAGAUAUGCCAAACAGAUUGCCAGUUCUAUACAGCGAUGCCAUUCACUGAACAUAGCCCACCGAGAUCUGAAGCCAGAAAAUCUGCUUCUCAAGGAUAAUUCUGAGAAUUCACCGGUGAAGUUGUCAGACUUUGGAUUUGCCAAAGUGGAUGAUGGGACGUUAGCUACACCACACUUCACACCCUACUAUGUCGCUCCACAGGUUCUAGAAGCUCAAAGGAGGCAGAGGAGGGAAGAGAAAGGAAUCAUCCCUACCUCACCAGGUCCUUACACCUAUGAUAAGAGCUGUGACAUAUGGUCCGUCGGUGUCAUUAUCUACAUCAUGUUAUGCGGUUACCCACCAUUCUAUCCUGAGACGCCCAGCAGAAAGAUAUCACGGGAGAUGUGCCACCGUAUCCUAGCUGGCCAGUACGAUUUCCCAUCAGAGGAAUGGGCACACAUCUCUGAUGAAGCUAAAGACGUUGUCAACAAAUUACUGAGAGUUGACCCGAUGGAGAGGCUUACCGUCCAUGGAUUGAUGGAGCACCCGUGGAUGCAAGAAAACAGGGCAUCCAACAGGGCACUCAACUCACCAGCCAUCAUGCUGGACAAGAACCUGAUGGAGGAGGCCAUGAGGGUGCACUCAGAGCAGCUGACGUCAAUGCGACUACCGCAGAAGAGAGUCGUCCUGAAGCCAGUGGCUAAGGCUGACAAUCCCAUCAUCAGGAAACGGGCUAGGUCAUGUUGCCAGUCGGUGGACAACAGGGUAGUCGAGGGCCAGCCAGAAGCCAAGCUCAGGAAAGAGAGCGAUGCAGUGACCAAACUGAGGGACGUGAUUGCCUACUGCAUACUGCCUCCCCAAGGUGGCUGUAACAAUGACUACCUGUGCCAACUGGUGCAGAUAGCACAGGAACACAACGACGAGUGCAAUACACUGAGGGCAGAAUUGGAGUUGCUACACUGGAAUGGGAAGGCGUUCACGAUGCCAGUGGACUCGUCCAGAUUGGCACUCGCUCUCAGCAAGGUGGUGAAGGAAAAGAACUCUCCCAAUGCCACGCAGUGAACAAAUCAAUAACCAUGUUACUAGAAUUAAAAAAUUAAUUGUGGUGUACUCAUGUUCUGUUCAACCGGAUUGUUGUGAACAUUUUGGAAAGUGGACUUCUAGAUUCUUUUUAUAACCACUUUAAAGCCACCAAAAGUUGCAGGUAUUUAAUUUUGCCAUUAAAUAUUUAUCUUCCAACCUGGUAUGUAAGGUAAAAACGGGAACUGCAAGUAUCCAACUUACUCUGUAUUGUUGCCAGUUUGUUGUAGUUGGAACUUUCUGCCAUUGAUAAGAUAUUUAUUAGCCCGGUGAAAAAGCGCAUUGUUGAAAAAAAAAGAUAGAAUGUGAAGCUCAAGGACACAAUGUGUUUUUGAGCAUUCAUGUAAACAGAAAGUCAACUUACAGGAAAUACAGAUGGAAGAGAUCUUAAAUUUUGCCAGCUGAAAACAUUUUGUGUUAAUGUAUUUUUGACCAACAGAAGCAUUUUGGAACAAAGAUAGAUGUUUUCAAGUUCAAACCAUAUUAUAUUCUUUUAUAUUCUGUAAGUAAAAGUCACAGAUUUUGUAGAUAAAUCAUGAAUGUUAGAGCAGGUUGAGAAACAAAAUAGAAAUAUUUUAAUGUUAUUUAUUCUAUGAGAAAAAAAAUGUAAGAUUGAUCGAAACUGACACCAAAUUGUCCAUGUAUUUUUAUGAGGUUAGAUUUGGGCACGAACUGCUUUAAAAGAAAUGGCUGUAUCGAAUUUUGUUGAGAUUUUCCAUCAAAAAAAACGGUGAAAACAACAUGAUUGGCACAGGUGUCUUGUGUGUAAAGCGUUUGUCUCUCACCACAUUAGUCCUUGGUUCAAUUCUUGGCUGGGGCCAUAAAUGAGUAGGGUUGCUCAUUGGUUCUUUCCUGUGCCGGGGGGGGGGCAUCCCGGGGUUCUCCAGUUCUCUUUCCUCCCCCCCCAACAAAAUCAACACUUUCAGUCUCUAUCUGUGCUUUGUGGUCAAAUAUGGGUUAUCUCGCAGCUUCAUUAAGGCACUUUAACAUGAUGUUGGCUCGACUACAUUGUAGCUGCAUUCUUCACAAUCCAGUCUCCCGGCUGUAAGGAUGAUCAGCCCCCAGAUUAGUUGAUUAAUUUAUUAAAAUAGUAAUUCAUUUCAUGUGACCAGUGUGUGUGUUUUUUUUAAAUUAACCAAUUUUACAUGCAUGAAAUUAUUCAUAUUCCUAUAAAACUUUGAAACCUUGAAAUGGUCUGUAGAAUAAAGCCUACUGUAAAUAAGUACUUUCACAUGAAAGGCACAUUUUGCAAAGUGUUCGAACAGGCAGGUAGAAAAAACUUGAAAGAGCUGUUAGGAACAUAUUGUGCAACGGUAGCUCAAAGCAAUAACAUAAAAAGUUCCUAUAAUUUUAUGAAGCAAAUGUAUUUAUGAAACUGCUAGGUUAUGUUGAAACUGUGGGAUCAUGUAUAUUACGUGCAGUUCAGCUAACAAUAAAUGUUGUUAAAAGUGUAAAAGAAAAAAAGCAAGUUGACACCCUGUUCCAUAAUAUACUUCUUGGUGAGUUUAAAGGGGAAAUUAUUUACUCAAGUUUUAUGUUUUGUUUCACUUUUUCACAAAGAUCAGUUGCGAACUAAGUAUUAAAACCAGGAAAUCACAAGUCUUGACCUCUGUACUAAUU